GAGGAGCAAGUUAACAAAGACUGUUAAGAUUUCAGGAAUAUUUGGAGAAAUGCCUGGCUAGGGUUUGGUCUACGAGGAAUUGAACAACGAUCUCGAUCCACCAACGAGUUAUCUGCAGUAAUUCGGUCGGAGACUCAGUUCCGUUCCCGAGUUUGGACGGCGGCGGCGGCGAAGGGAAAGAAUGGCCUCUACCCGGUAAACGUCUCCGUUCACUGUUUUUUUCACUCUCUGGGUAAAUCAUUUUGAGAAAGUAGUGAAAUGGUUAUUAGGAAGCAACUUUGCAGCAAUUGCUAUCUCUUGUUUCGUCCUCACACCAAAUGCUUAUCUUCAGCAACCGUAGAAUCAAGUUUCAAUGACAUAGAAACCCAAAUUAGAUCAUUAUGUGAUAAAUCCAGUCCCCGACUCGAAGAUGCUUUGCUCCUCUUUAAUCAAGCUGUUGAAAUCCACGGCCUGCCUUCUGAAUCAACAUGCGAUUUUCUUUUACAAACAUUUUCACAGUCGAGGAAGUAUAACAUGGUUAUCAAUGUCUACAAUAAGAUGAAGGGUAUUCAAGUUUUUCGCAGUUUCAUAUCAUUGCAAGUUCUGAUCGAGUUUUUCCUACAUUCAAAUAACCCCGAUUUUUCUUUUGGAGUGUUGGGCACGAUGGUGAAGUGUGGUUUUCAAGUUAACACAUAUUGUAUAAAUGUUGUUUUAAAUGGACUUUGUCGAAAUGGUGAUACUUCAAGAGCUGUAAAGGUUUUCAAUGAAUGGUGCAGAGGGUCUGUAUUGCCUGAUGUGAUUACUUUCAGCACUCUUAUGAACAGGCUUUGUAAAGAGGGUCGAAUGGGAGAAGCAAUUGAUUUGUUUGAUGACAUGAAGCUGAAGGGCAUCAAUCCGGAUGUUAUUACUUUCACAACUCUUAUGAACGGGCUUUGUAUAAAUGAUCGAAUGAGAGAAGCAAUGGAUUUGUUUGAUGACAUGAGGUUGAAGGGCCUCAAUCCGAAUGUUCUUACUUACAACACUCUUAUGAACGGACUUUGUAAAGAGGGUCGAAUGGGAGAAGCAAUGUAUUUGUUUGAUGACAUGAAGCUUAAGAGCCUCAAUCCGGAUGUUAUUACUUACAGUGCACUUGUAAAUGUAUUUUGCAAAGCUGGGAAUUUCGACGAGGGAAAGAAACUUUACGAUAUGAUGUUGGAAAAAGGAGUUGAACCGAACGAAUUCAUUUAUUCAAGUUUAUUACAGUAUCUUUGCAAAAUGAGGCGAUGGGAGGAAGCUAGCGAGUUAUUCAAUGUUAUGUCACACCGAGGAAUAAAACCGGAUCUGGUAAUCUAUAACGUUUUAAUCAAUGGGCUGUGUAGAGAUGGAAGGCCUAUGGAUGCCAUGCGGUUGGUAGACUUAAUGGCGGAAAAAGGUGAGGAGGCAAACAUAAUAACAUAUAAUUCACUAAUAGAUGGAUUUUGUAAAUCUGGUAUGGUUGCAGAAGCUAUAAGAGUCUUUGAAACAAUGACAAAGGGGAAUAAUAUUAAACCCGACAUUGUUUCUUAUAAUUCAUUAGCUUGGGGGCUUUGCAAGAAUGGGAAGGUUGAUGAGGCGGUGAGGCUAUGUAAAGAAGGUCAUCUAAAGAAAGCGAUGGAGAUUCAUCGUGGAAUGAACAUGAGAGAAAUAUUUCCUUUUAAUAUACUAAUACAUGCUCAUUUGAAGAAAGGAGAUGUUGGUGAAGGAAUGAAGUUAUUGAAGAACGGGCUUGAAAUGGGAUUAGUUCUGGAUUCACAUACUUAUUCAGCUUUGAUAAAUGGAUUCUGCCGAUUGAGAAUGAUGAACGUUGCGAAAGGUCUUUUGAUUCACAUGACUGUUCGUGGAAUUCUGCUUGCACCUCAUCAUUACAACACUUUACUAGAAAGUCUCUGCAAAGAAGGUAGUUUGGAGGAGGCAAAGGGUUUCUUUUUAGCGAUGAGCAAAACAGACAGUAAACCGGAUGUUUUAUCUUUUAAUAUCAUAAUUCAUGCAACUCUAAGAGCGAAUGAUCUACAAUCGGCGGAACAAUUAUUCGAAAAAAUGCUUCAAAUGGGCGUGGAACCUGAUGUUGUGACCUUUUCAACACUUGUAAAUGGAAUAAUGAAAUUAGAACAUUGGAAGGAGGGAAAAGCCACGAUCGAGAGGAUGGUGACUUGCGGUUAUGGUCCUACUGCUGUUGUAUACGAUUCUUUGCUAAAGGGUUUUCUUGCUAUGGGUGAAAAAGAAGAAAUAAUUGGUUUGCUUAGACGGAUGGCAGCUGAUGGGUUUCGUCUUAACAAAGAAAUUACUGAUACAAUUCUGAAAUGUUUGUGUCUUUUUUCUGAACAUGAUAAUGUUGAAGAGAUCUUGCCUAGUUUUCAACAGGAGGUUUCUAAGGUGAUUUGAGAAGAAAAUGGAAGAAUUGUAUUGAAUUGAAAUAUUUGAGUUAAAAAUGAUAGUGAUCAUACUUGGGUGACUCUAUUA